UAGGAGUAUUAUUGUUAUGCGUUGGAGGAAUCAAUCUGGCGCUGUCACAGCGGAGUAGCGAGAGAGAAGGAAGGGAAAGCGAGCGGGGAGAAGAAGAAGAAGAAGAAGAAGAAGCAUCAGCCGCCGUCGCGAGCGGGGGAGAGGGAGAAGCCAAUCCGGUGCUGUCCCGCUCGCCCUCCCCUCCCCUCUUCGAUUCGAUCCGAGUCGUCGCUGAUCCGGUCCUUCUUCUUCUUCCCACGAGCCAAGAUGAGUUUCUUGUUCGGGAAGCGGAAGACGCCCGCCGAGCUCUUGAGAGAAAAUAAGAGAAUGCUGGAUCGAUCAAUUAGGGAAAUUGAGCGGGAAAGACAGGGAUUGCAAGCCCAGGAGAAAAAGCUCAUCACUGAGAUUAAGAAAACAGCAAAGGAAGGCCAGAUGGGUGCUGUCAAAGUAAUGGCCAAAGAUCUUAUUCGUACACGGCAUCAGAUCACAAAGUUCUACCAACUUAAAUCUCAGCUUCAAGGAGUUUCUCUAAGAGUUCAGACAUUGAAAUCUACACAAGCUAUGGGUGAUGCCAUGAAAGGUGUUACGAAGGCUAUGGGUCAGAUGAAUAGGCAGUUAAAUCUACCAGGAUUACAGAGGAUUAUGAUGGAAUUUGAGCGACAAAAUGAGAGGAUGGAGAUGACGAGUGAAGUCAUGGGUGAUGCUAUAGAUGAUGCUUUAGAGGGAGAUGAGGAUCAAGAGGAAGAAACUGAGGAGCUUGUGAAUCAAGUCCUUGAUGAAAUUGGCAUUGAUGUUAACCAAGAGCUUGUGAAGGCCCCUUCAGCUGCUGUCGCCCAGCCUGCUGCAGCAGGAAAGGUUGCACAGGCUGAAUCUGCCGGUGGGGGUGGGAACGGCGACGGUGGAAUCGAUGCGGAUUUGCAGGCAAGGCUGGACAAUCUGAGGAGAAUGUAAAUUCCUGUCCGGUGCUGUGCUGCACUAACUAAAAGAGUGGUAUUGCCUUUUAGCACCAUUUCUUGUGAAUAUGUAUUUUUACCAUAAGAUUCUCAAGCUUACUACAGAGUUGCAGAUACUCGACAUGUCGUAUAAUAAUAAUAAUGAUCGAUGAGCAACCUCUUUGCUAUGUCAUUCUACUUACAGCACAAUAGGAGUGAUGGGAAUUUGAGCUUAAUUU